AUAUAUAGCUUACCUUAUCCUUACGACACAAAAUGUGGGACAAAGAAGCUAAAAUAUYUUAAAGACUUGACUUACACUCAAGAGCUGUGUCAAGCUGAUUGCUUCGCCGCCAUUGGUUUGAAGAUUUGUGGAUGUAGCAUGUAUUUGUUACCAGGGAUGAACCUGUGCACAAAUCAAAGUCAGGUGAUGUGUUCUAGCCUCCUAUUGCACGACAUCCGCAGCAUUGACUCGUUCUUGGAAUGUCAAAACUCCUGUCCAACAGAAUGCAGUACCAGCGAGUUUCGUACAGUUCAGUCAACAGCAUUGCUAAACACCAAGCAUUUAGUUGAUGACGCGAAUGAAUACUGCAAACACGAUAACAAAUCAACCAGUAUUUGUCAAGAGAUGAGAAACAUGUCAGACGUACAAAACAUACAGUAUUUCAGGGAGAACUUUGUGUCAAUUAAUGUUUACCUGAAAGACUUUUACUUUGAAGAGGUCAGACAGGUCCCUGUGUUUGGAUGGUCUGAGCUAGUCAGUGGAGUUGGAGGYAAUUUUGGUCUUUUCCUUGGUAUGAGUAUUUUAACAAUCAUGGAGUUCUUUGAAUUCCAGCUACGAMGAGUCUACUACUAUGCUACUCUCCCUUCAAAACGCACACAGGUUCAUCAUGGCGGUYAUAAUACAUAAAGACCUAUGCUUUUUACUGCAAUUUCAGAUUGCACGCCAUUGAUACAGCUAUUUCAUAGAAAAAGUUAAAUACGUACUGAAUACCAUAUUGACUAUUCUUAACAUUCCACUAAAGGCCAGACUAGCCUCGAAUCUAAGAGUAAAUUGAUUAAAAUGGUGGAAACUA